UUGUUCACCAGGGCCCCUGAUAGUGGGGAUGGACUUGGAGCAGACAGGAACCAGGUCGCGGCCCCUGAGUACACCUGCCUGAGGCAGAGGAAUCCGCCAGAGGUCUAUGCAGGUGGGGAGCCUAAUGUGAAGAGGCAGAAGGCAGAAGCAGGGAUGGCUAGAUCUGUGCAGGAUGGAUGGAUGGAUGAGUGGUGGUAAGCAUGGUCAAACGGGCCGGGUCGGUAACAGUGGGGUCAGCGUAGUACCAGGCAGCAGGCAGAAGAGUAGUCAGGUCACUCGCCGGGGUCGGUAACAGGAGUUCAGAUCAAAUAAGGGAUGUCCAGAAGAGAGGUCAAACAAGCCAGAGGGUCAGAGCAGGAGAAGUCAGCUGAGGUCAGGAUCAGGCAGA